AUGACCUCUCACCUUGUCCCUGGUGGCGUGCCGGGAGGCACACAAUGGAAAAGACCCUCCGCCAAUGUCUCAUUUCCUACCACAACUCCUCCUCGCGUCACCCCAGACACCAUCAUCAUUGGGGCAGCUGCCCCAAACAUUGAAAAGGGUCAUCCUACGCUCGACGGAUGGUUUCUAUCGGAUUUUUACGCAUUCAACUACCUCCUGAAGGGCCUUGGGUCUAGACAGGUCUGGCUGACAGCCGCUGAUCCUCACAAAUUGAUCCAAUCUGGACAGCAUACAGAUCGAUUCAUGCAUGGCAACCCCUAUCAGACGCGGAAGGUUGUCUUAGACAAGCACCUACUCCAAGCCCAGGAGUACACUCCAGUCACAAUCGUGAGAAGUGCGGAAAUGAUUGAGAGGUUCUUGAAGGAGGUCAGAACUGCAUCACAAGAGGCUGUGAGCAAGGGUGUUCCUCUCCUUCUCCUGAUAUUUUGUCAUGGCAAGGGGAAUUGGGAAUUCCUCCUUGACUGUGGCAAGGCCAAUAGAGGCCUUUCUGUCACUCGAGUUAAAGAAGCAGUCGCAACCGGCUGCAAUGUCACACUCUACUCUACUGCUUGCUACUCCGGCGGGUGGGUGGUCCGGGACUUGAGCAAGCCCGAACACUCCCCCAUCAAUGCCACCAUGCUAGCAGCAGCUGACCCUAAGCACACCUCGAACGCCUGGCAGGACUCCCCCUCCAUUGGUCGAGCCUGCGGAUCUGUGUUUGCAAGCACGGUCAUCAAGUCACUCACUUCCUCGGCAAGUCCGUUGCAACCAAUACUCCCCGCUGGCGUUGAACAGCUUGAGCCAGAAAGCGACAACCCUACUCAGACGCAGACUUACAACGCCUUUUGCCAUUCGGUUUUGAACAUCUGCGCCACUCAGGUCACUACGCUUCACGGCAACGAGGCGUUUACGUUCAGCGCGCAAGAUGAUCAGUGGGAUUGGAGCUGGACCCGUCGCACGGGGAUUCCUCUGAGCCAUUUCCAGAAGCGAUGGGAUGCGCUCCCUGACGUCCCCUUCAACACUAGAAACCUCCUCUUGACCCACAAGAAGACAUAUUCGGACCCGGACCCCAGGAACGCUUCAUUCUCCGGCUCGGCAGGUCCCUCUCAAACCGGCGGUGGCGAUAUCUCCGAGGAGUUUGUCAAGAAUCUGACAAAGAACCGAACUGCAGCCAUGGCAAGGACAUUCCUAGAGACUUGCCCUGGUGAUUGGGAUAGCGGAUUUGGCCCGAUCGCCCGUGGCUGUCUUCGAGCAGCUGCCAACCAUCAGAAGGUUAUUGACCCGGACGUCGACGUUGCUGCCAUGAUGGCAUUUCGCUGGGAGGUCAGUCUUCUUGCUGAUUACAUCGUUCAGCAUUUCAACCUCAAAGCGCCCAAUGGUGAAACAUGCCUCAUGUGGGACCGUGGCAAGUGGCAAGCGGAGGGGUUUAAGACGAUUCCGAAUUAUGACAAGCGGUACAGCGCAGUGUGGAGCGCUCUACAAAAUGCCAACAUUGAACCCGAGCCGGCAACCAUCCAGGGAUACCCUUUUGUUCGGUUUUCCGAGUAUCUGACAGUCGCGGUGGUCGCACUAGACCUCUCAGGCCCGGACACGAUGAGUCUCGCCUCGAAGAUCGGCGAUUUCAUGGAAGAGUUCAGAAAGUUCCAGGAAACCCGUAGCAUGACCACUGCUACCAGAGACCGUGGUGUCAUUCGGAAGGCUCGUGACUUCUUCAAGGUGAUGGGACAGAAGUUCUCAUCCUUGGACAUCUGA